GCACAGAAGCUGUCACUUGUGUAGAAGUGUAGAGUUUAGGCUUUACAUCACAGGGGCAGCUGAAAAAAACGCACACACAGAAAGGUCAAAGCCCAAGCGCCGUCGCAAGAGGCCUCCGAGCAGCCUAACGCUUCCAUCAUGGGUGAAAACACCAUCACGAAGCCUCUCGGGCUAGUUUUUAUCAUCACAGCUCACAUGGUGUUCAACGACCCCAGCCAUGCACAAGUCAUCGGGAUCUUUGGCAGCAACAUCACCCUUCAAUUUACAUUUAAUGUUAGCAUUAAUGUAAACAGUCAAAUUGGAAUUUAUAUAACAGGCGAGAAAAAGAUUGACGAUUUUAAAAGUUGGAAAGGUUCCUUUGUUAUUUGCCCCCAAAACAAUUCUGUCUUUUACCACAUCAUAAAUCUCACUCUAAACCACACUAACACCUACUGGGCCAGUUUAUUUGGGGGCAACCUAAGAAAAAGUAAUGAAGUGAAGCUGACUGUUGAAGAAAGGAACAUAAGCUGUACAGCUCCACCGCCGUCGACUAAACCCACAGUUUUCAAUGAAAGUUCCAAUUCCCUUUCCAUCAAUAAGAUCAUCAUCAUCUUUGCGGUUUUACCUGUGGUCCUGUUAGCAACAGUACUCCCAUGGUUGAUCUGUAGUCUCGUGAGACCCAAAGAGGCGGGAUCAGGAGGUGAUGCUAAGCCUAGCUUAGCAUUAAACAAACAACAGCAACAACAAGAAAGGCCGCAAAGCUCCACUCCCACAGUGCAGGAAUCAGUGGCGUCGUUGAGCAGCGUGUCUGCACCCUCGGUGAUCUACAGCGUCUUGGACUUCCCCAAAAGACCUCCGACAAUUGUUGAGAUCAACCCAAGAGAUACAGAGUAUGCUGCCGUCAGCUAUCUCACAGAAAAGAGACACAUGUGAUGCACAGCUCACUGUUCGACUAGUGUACAUAACAUAAAUCUAAAUAUAUAUAAAUAUAAAUUUCUUGCAAGUGUUAAAAAUCCUGCUUUUGUUAUACAGGGAUGUCUUAUUGCACUAUAUCUCAAACAAAAGAGUUGAGAGAGGAAGAGUCUGCAUGGGUAGUGUGUAUGUAGGUGUCACUUUGUGUUUGGUGGUCUCGAAAUUGAGAUGCAUGCUGCUGCGGCAAACCUCAAGCCAGAACAUAAUACAGUUACAGUGACAACCCAGCCUCGCAGUUAGCUUUCAAUUUUUCUUUGCUGUUAAUUUGUGUCGGGGGUAUCCGGCCGCUAAGGAACAGGCGAUAAAUUAGAUUUUAGAUUUUCUUCAGACCAGAAACACAAAGCAAGCACUUCCUGUGUACCCAGUGUCUACUGUACAUCACUGCUCUGGGUCUCACUGUGUUUAAUAGCUUCAGUGAACCACACUGAUGCACUAGGUGAUAACACAGGAGAUGUAGUGACCCCUACAAACUUUGCUCCCUCUGUAGAGCACCAAAUUUAGGUUGUUCUACCACUGAAAUAGCCUCACUUCUGUUGACUAAAAACUACACUGAACAAUUCUGAUGCUUUUAAUAUUUAAAAAUCUUUAAAAACCUGCCAACUAAGCACAUGAAUUUAGAGACAGCUUUGGAAAUGUGGAUAUCCAAACCUGUUUGAAUGGGAUAUGUUACCAAAACUCUGCAGCUGACACUGUCUUAAGUUAUAAAAGUAUCCCAAAUGACAGAAAUAACUAAAGCAUGGUAUCCUUUGUUAGUUCCUGUAAAACAGGGAUGCCAAAUUAAUUUUACAUCAUGGGCCACAGACAGCCCACCAGUGAAACUACAUGAUAAAUAUGUAGACUAGAAUCAAUUACUAAUAUCUACACUUAAUCAC